UUUUUUGAGGGUGCUGAGAAGACUUUGCAUUUACUUUUUGAGGAAACAAGGGUCUCUCGUCUGCGAGAACGGUUGAGCCUUACUCGAUGGUGCGACCUUCUGAAGGCUGCUGGCGUGGAGGUCUUGUCCUUCUUCCGUGCGAAAGGGUUCGAUGCUUACAUGCUCUCGGAGUCCAGCCUUUUCGUGUACGACAGUGCAAUCAUGCUGAAAACGUGCGGGCAGACGACGCCCUUGCUGGUGCUGGACGGGGUACUGAAAGCUGUAGAACAGGCUGUAGCUGUAGCUACAAACACUACAACAACUACAACAGUCGGAUCCUCUACUCCCACUUGUGUUUCGGGAAAUAAAGAUUCUACGGUUCCGCUAGGUCCUGGAGAGGGUACGACAACAAGCAGCUGCCGUACGUCUACUCCUGCAAGCACUCCAAGACGGCGGGCCAAUGUGCUUGCUUCAUCUACACCCACUUCGACGACGACCGCGACACCUAAUAUGUUGACUGCAACGACACCUUCGACGACAUACGAUUUCGCGCCUCACCAACAAGCUACUUCCACCCCUGCCGGAGAACGCACCUCGCUACUCCACCGAUUGAUCUACAGGCGCACGGAACCGAAACGCCCAGAGCAGCAGCACUAUCCUCAUAGAAGCUUCGAAGAGGAGAUUGAAUUCGUC